AUGUCAUUUUACAAAACAAAUCGACUCAAUAAAAGAAAUGAGAAGAGGGGAUUUAAGAAGGAAAUCACAUAUAUUUAGAUGUAAUCUGAAUAUUAAAAACUUUAUUAGUUAUGAUAAUUUGAUCAAAAAUUCUGGAAUUAUAAAAUGA